GUUGUCCCCCAAUACGGAAGUACUUAAUAUUUUACUACGGCUGCUCCGAACGCGUUGGAGAUGUUUCUAGCCGUUAAUGUCACAAUGUUCUGAAAUAUAUUUCUUUAUGACUGUCUCCUGCUAGUAAUUUAGGGGGAUCGCGAUGGCAGGCGCAUAUUUCCAGUUUUCUUGCAUAUGUUCCGAUUGACGUUUGACCUACAGAGCUGAGCUGCAAGCGGUUUAACAAUGGAAACCUCGUUUAGUAACUUGGCGAAAGGAGGCUUUCAGCGGGCAAAGAAAUGUGUCCUGGAGUUGGAGUUUACCAGUGGGGUAGCGACGGUGAUCGCAGUUUCUGCGGUUUUGUUUAUAGUUUCAACUUUCUGUCAUAUUCCAGCCGACGUGGGCAGCCUGGACAGCAGCGCUGUUUUGAAAGGAAACGUGCAGCGGCUCUUCACCUACUCCUUCUUCCAUGAGGACGCAUGGCGGCUGCUGCUCGGUGCCGGCGCCCUGCUGCUCCUAGGCGGCGGGCUGGAGAGAGGCCUGGGCACCGUGCGCUUCCUCUACCUGCUGCUCCUGCUGCCCGCAUGCGCCGGACUGCUGUAUGCGCUGCUGGAGCCGCUGCUGUUCGGUGCGGCGGCGCGAGGCUGCGUGCUGGGCCUCGUGCCUGCAGCCCUGUCCCUGCAGGGGGCGGCCGUCACGCGGAGCCUCAUGCGCAGGGCCAUCCUCUUCGGCAUCAACGUGCCUGCCCUCGCCCUGCCCUGGGUAUUCCUCCUGAUCGCGCACCUCAUUCCGGGUGACGUCCUCCUCUGUAACGCCUUGGCUGUAAUCGUGGGACAGAUCUACGGAAAGGGCUGGCUGGCAUUGCUCACCGUGUCAGAAAGCAGGGCGUCUCUUCUGGAUAAGAAGAUGCCAUUCAGACUGUUGCGGAAGCUGCCCGGGGUGACAUACAUGCCAGCAUGUGUGGAGGAGAGGAGGAGAACCACGCACCGUCUUUGCAAGCCAGCUCCUGGGUCCUAUCCGGUUCAAGCCUACGCCCCAGUGUCAUCCACCCUCCCCACACAAGCUGUGGGGACUCUCCCCCAAAUGUACGACGGCUGGAAACACUCUACGUGUGCUCAAGAGAGCUACGCUGCAUUGACCUUACACCACGGGCCCAGCGCUGGGUGGGGUCGUCAUCACAGCCAAUGGCAGACUUACCCUGCACAGCACAGCAGUCAUCACUGCACUCAAGGCAGCACUUGUGCACAUUCCCAUGCCGGUUCUCCUGCAGCCUUUGCUCCUCCGCCUGUGUGCUAUGCUGCUCCUCUCACUGUCCCAGCCGGGGGACCGUCCAACAUCCCGGGGACACCCCAGGUUAGCCUGGUUACCCAUGGAGGCCAUGGACUGCCCCCUUAAAGAAGUACUGAUGUGUUAAGAUAAUGUAAAGUUUUUUUUAAAUGACUAUGUUGGGUAGGAGUAUAGUUUUAGUACGGAGACUGUUUUCAGUCUGGCAACUUCAGACAUGCUUUAUUUACUCAAGCAGAUAUGAAUUGUUCGAUUGUAUACUCUCAUCAAAAAAAAGAAUAUAAAUGUUUGUACCAUUUCUGUACCUUAAAAGGUACAAUUACAAGGGUCCAGCCACAGUGACAAGCAAAGAUGUAAAUUUUUACCCUUUUUUCAGAGUGUAUCCUGUUAUUGAAAAUAUUUUCUCCUAUAUUUCGCUUUGAUACUUUUGACUUUUGACAUGUUAAAUGUAAAUAUUUUGACCGUGAAUCUAAUCCUUUGUUUGUAGUUUGUAGUUUUGUUUGGUUGAAUGGACUCAUUACAUUUAAUCUCUGCUGC